AUGGCCGAUGCCAUCGGCACCAUGGUCGCUGCGGUGAGCGGGGCCAUGCCCUCGGCCUCGGAUGACAUGUUUGCCAACUUGUCGCAGGACUUUGAGACGGCGCUUCAACAGCUGGACGUCGUGGUGCAGGGAAUGAGUACCUUCAAGGACAAUUUACUGGGCCUGGAGCUACCCACCGAAACCAACCUCGAGCUUCUUGCCAACGUCGGCUCCUUGCAAGCUGCCAUGCUACAACUCUCCGUUCCGGCCCUGGACAUGCUCCGGCUUGUUGAUCUUUACCGUGAGCCCUGGGGUCACAAGAACAAAGCGUUCAUCAGCUUGCACGAAUCCUAUGAGCGCCAUCAACGACAACUGCAGAUUGCACUCACCCAACUGGAGCAGACACAAGCAGCUCUGGACGUGUUUGAGCGGGAGCGACCCAUCCAGCUUUGGCAGCGCGUGGUGCUUCGUGUUCUGGCCAUUAAAACGCACAGUCGGCGGUGGGCCUCGCUACUGCCUGCCUAUCGCCAGCGCGUCAUGGCCGGCCUCGCCGCCAACCCCUUGAGCGAUGAUGAGGAUGACGAGGACGCGGAUGGCUCUGCUCAGCUUCCGCUUCCAGUCAAACCCGUGACCAAGCACCGCGUACCCCCCAUCGUGCGCAGCUUGUUGGCCCGGGAGCGCGGCGAGACAGAGGGCAGCGCAGGCGUCACCGAACGGCUGCAAAAGGAGGUGCUCACCCUGCGACGCCAGCUUCAAGAAGCUGAGGAAAAUCGCGCCUCUACCCACAAAGCUGUUCAAGCCGGCAUUCCCACGCGAAAAACUGCCCCUGAAGCCAACUUGGCCGGCGUUCCUACCCACUACAGUGAAUGCCUUGUGGAAGGGCAAAAGCAACUGGCUGCAGAGCAACGUGACCGUGCCCCGCUGCGUCUCGUCAUCCACCUCAUUGAUGGCUGGCAGGACUGCACUCCCCCUGAUCUUGUGGUGGAAGCCGCCUUGCUGCACGAUGGACUCUCAAAGGCCGUGUCCAAAGUCAGCUUGCCCGCUGAUCCCUUUGAUGACCCUCCAGAUGCAGACACCAGUAGUUUUGAGCUCGUGCUGCCACAGCCCGAGCGAAACAAUGCACUUCGCAUCCGUGUCUUUGGUGCUGGGUUGGGCCCACACGCCCAGUGUUUGGUUGACGGCCUGGUCAGCUGCGAGCCUCUUUUGGACGCGAGCCUGAGCCACAGCAACCGUAUAUUCAAGGAGAACGUGGGUAUUACCGUGACCUGCCACGCCCGUGUUAGCAUCCGCCUGCCCGUGACCGCCGGAUACCAGGCCUACCGCCGUGAAGCGGAUGCUCGAUCUCGCAACGUUGAGGACAUUAACCUAAUUGCCAGCUUUGCGUGCGGCGAUGCAAGAUCCCCCGGCGACCGAGCUAUCAGAGGGACAAAUGGCCGGCAAGUGCUCCUGCGCACGCACCGGGCUGCACUCACCGACAUGCUCACUCAAACGUGUGAUGAUUUGACAGAUGACUUGUUCAACCUGCUCGAUGUCAACUCUGAAGAUUUGGACAAGGCCAACUUUACACUGCAGGAAAUGAUGGAUCUUGCCAUGCUUCAUGCCUAUCAGAUGCAAGCCCUGAAUGCACAGCAUGAAGACCAGUUGGAGGAAGUACGGGCCGCAGCACGUCGUGUUCAGCAGGACCUGCAAGAGCUGCUUACAGAACACCCAGAGCUCAAGCAAAUGCACCACAUUUCCAGCCAAACCGACCUUCUCUUUGAGUCCUCCGUUAAGCGACCGGUUUCAAGUGCGCGAGCCCAUGACCGACGUGGCGUUGGUAUGGAGCAAAGCAUGGGACUCGGCGAGUUUGGCGCUCCACUCGAGGACCGAGAUCCGCUGGAGGAGCUAGAUGCUCUGCCCGAUUCCCGAGACAUCCAAGCCCGCCGCCCGACGUUUGAUCCCUCUCGGUUUGGCAGCACGUUGCCCAAGGGCUUUUUGAAUCGUCUUUUGUAUUAUGCAGAGCGCAGCUUGGAGCGGCGCCAGAGCCUUUUGGAUCGGGUGAUCACGGAGGAGCGGUAUGCGCUCGAAGGAACCCUCGCCAGUAAACAGCUCUUGGACGAUGCCAAGCCGGGACCCGAUGCAACCACCCGCCCACCAUCAACCCGAGCCCUCUCGGGGCGAAUGCCCAUUUCAACCGGCCAUGGCGCGACCCUGCGCUACUCCAAGUCGCGUCCUGGACAAGUUUUUGGCUUGGAGUCGCGGCGGCGCUCAUCCAGUAGUCGACUUCCGCCCCUUGGUGGCCAGCUGUAUGCUUCACAGGCCCGGAUGGCGAGCUUCUUUGCCGUGAUUCUUUUCCUGACCCACCCGCACCCAUGUGACUUGCAGAUGGGCAAUCAGUCGAGUGGUGCGCCGGAUCUGGGCGCUCUGGUUCUUGACGCGCGUGUCGACUCGCCCGAGCCGCUUGGAACUCAUCAGGGCGAAAGUUUGCGGCGUCAGGGCCUCAUGCCCAACGGCCGGCCGGCCGCUCGACAACGACCCGGCUCAAGUCUCGUAUCAACCUGGACAGGCAAUUACGAACCGCCCGGCACCCCGGGUACUAUGGCAGCAGCAGGAAGCGAGCCCAUCAAGCGCCCUCCGUCCUCGGCCCUGUCAGUCGGAAGCAGCCGGCACCGCGACAGCUUGACGCCGGGGCUGAUUCCAUCAAACCAUCACAUGCACUUUGAGGCUGUGCGACCUCCUUCUCCCGUCACUAAGCUUGAUGAGGAAUAA